AUGGUUAGAAUUACUGAACAACUAAUAAGAAAACGUGCCGAACACAACGAAUGCAUAAUAGGAACCUUAGAAGAAUUAUCGCUACAUCAAGAAAAUAUAGAUAAAAUAGAAAAUAUCAACAAUUGGUGCAAAGAGAUACAGAUAUUGUAUCUGCAAGCUAACGUUAUAUCUAAAAUAGAGAAUUUAAACAAAUUGAAAAAGAUGCAAUAUCUUAAUUUGGCCGUUAACAAUAUAGAGAAGAUUGAGAAUUUGGAAAGGUGCGAGUCUUUAGCAAAAUUAGAUUUAACAUUAAAUUUCAUAGGUGACUUAGAAAGUGUAUGUUCCUUGAAAGACAAUUUAUAUUUAAAAGACCUUUAUCUGACCGGCAACCCUUGUACCGACUAUAAUGGAUACAGACAAUACGUUAUUGCAAAGUUGCCACAAUUGAAGACGCUCGAUUCCAAAGAAAUUACAAUAAGCGAUAGAAUAAAAGCCCAACAGAAGAUUGCAGAAUUAGAAAGAACAAUUAGAAAACAACAAUUAAAAUAUCAGACAUUUAGAGAAGCGCAGAAAGAACGGAUUUCUCGAGUGGAUACCUCGAAUAUACCUGAUGAAGAAUUUUGGCAAAUGACCAGCGAAAACUCUCCCGAAACGAGAACUGAAAUUUGUAGUCGACAGAAAAAGAAUGAAAGGAAUUCUACAGAUACAUGCGAAGACAAACCAAAAAAACCUAUUUCGCUGUUUCAUAAAAGUGGCAGACCAUUAAACAUUAACCAAGCCAAACUGAAAUUUUUGUUCAAAGACGACGAUCCCAAACAGUAUGUCUUGGAAGUUGAAAUAUACAAAUAUAUGGAUUCGAAUCUAAUCGAUGUCGAUCUACAGCCUAUUUACGUUAAAGUCAAUAUUAAAAAUAAAAUUUUCCAAUUCGUUUUUCCCGAAGAGAUCGUCGUCGAUAAAAGUAUUGCGCAAAGGUCUCAAAUUACUGGUCAUUUGGUUUUGAAAUUGCCCAAAGCGAAUUAUAAGGAGCCUCUUGGUAAAAAGGAUAUUAAAAAUGAUAAAAUCGAGAAGAACCCGGAGAAAGAGAGGAAGGAACGAGAGUAUUUAGAAGUGGAAGAGAAAAAGGAUGAUAUGGAUUUUAGUAAAAUUGUUGAGAAUAGUAACAAAGUUAAAGAUCUGUGCUCAAAUUCGGAUAUUCCGCCUUUAGAGUAUGCUUGA